GAUUUAUAUACUAGAUCUAUAGAUCUAUUCUAGAUUCUUUAUUGUAAAUAAAAACAAAGAAAACAAUUAGUGGAAGAUCCUCUUAUUAAUGUUUAGUUAGAGGAGGCUUAGCUUUUGAAUAAGAAAAUGGAAAAAACAAAAUCUAGAAAAAAACUAGAUACUCUUGAAAAAAUCAAGAUACCUCCAUCCAGUCGAAGGGCCACAACACAAUAUGAAGCAUCCACCAAUUUUAUUGAACGUAUCCGCGGAUUUAAGCUUAUAAAUGGGAAACCUGUACUGCCACCUAUAAUGAAAGAUGAUAUUAAGCAUGACCAAUGGAUGAACAGUAAUUUGAUGCAUCACUCAAAAGUGAAAGCUCAACAUGAAAAUCUCAUGAAGUAUUACCAGUGCCAAGCUUUGAAAGACGCAGGAGAAGAGAAAAUGAGAUUUCACCAGCAGCAGCUUCGUAUUAAGCAGGACAUUGAGCCUCCACUGCGGCGAGAGUUCAAGCCUUCAGAGGAUCAUUGCUUAAAGUUAAACUAUCUGGCACUUAAAAAAUUCAUCAUGAACACACCAGUUGCACCCAUGGAUCAGACCUCCCAGGAGCGCAUCAUGUUGCUUAUCCCGGAGAAGUUGCGUACUGGUCCUGAGAAGCAAAAAAUGAUAAAUGAACUAUUUACAGAGGUGAAAGAAAUGUUUGCCAAAAGUAUCCAGCUGUCCAACAUUCAGCAUAUCCUCAUUAAACCUGAAGUGAAAGGAUUAGAAACAGAGAAGGCUGGCCCACCUCCUAGUGAACCUUUGGGUCUCAACUUCUGUAGACCUUGGCACAAAGACUACUUAGAGAGAAGAGCAAAAAUAUUCCAGACCCUAAAUCUUCUCAAUCCCACUCACACAGCUGUAUUAGAAUUUUGUCAACUGACCAUUUCUAGAUACAGUUUGCUGGAUAUUUCCAGUUACAGAAAUAUGGGGGUCAUGACCUUAGAACAAUAUAAAGAAUGUAUUGAUAAAGAUUUGACUCAUAGUGAACAUAAGUUUAUGAAGAGCUGGUACCCCAAAGUUUUAAACAUUUUUACUAGCCAGAUGAAAUCAAAAAGCUCUGAAAAUCCAGAAAAAAUGGAUUCAUUUUUUAAAAGUGCUUCAACACUUAUAGGAAUUCAGAUGAAGCAGAUGCUAGUUAGCACUUUAAAAAAAUAUGAACGACUUUUUCGGCCGGAGAAUAGUCUGAAGCUUCCUUUACUCCAACUGACUAUUGUUUUUGAAGGCAAUGCAUUAAAGUUCACCAACACCAUUGAUGAUGUCAUCAGUGCUAUACUUUACUAUGUGCAGCGUUUGGAAGAGAGCCUAAAAAGGGUGCCAACUGUAAAAGCUUACCUAGAAUGGAAGCCAGAUGAAGCCUACAUUGACACAUCCAUAUCACCUCAUAUCACUGAAGAGCUCAGCCACAAACUGAAAGAGCAUGUUAGAAGAUACUUUAUAGAUGCAGAUGAGCUUUUGGACAAACUAACUGGAGAGUUUGGUCACAUUGUCAAUGGAGAAACUGAUAACAAUAUCAAAGAAUAUUUGAAAGAUGAACAUUCGUUUGAAGAACAUAAAGAGUACAUCAAUGAGUUCUAUAUGAUCAUAUCAGAGAUACAAAGCUUGCCGUCAGUAGAGAGCUUCCCCUUGCUGACUGUUUACUGUGAUGAGGUCAAGGAAAGUCUAGUUAAGCUGUCACGUGAAUUGUGUCAUGGUCUCCUUGUGGCUGUGAUUGAGGAACACAAAAAUGAGAACAUUAGCAUCUGUCAAAAGUUUGAAAUUAUCAAAGAUAAAGCAGAACAGGUGCCCAAGACAACAGAGGAAUUGUUUCACCUGAAUAGCUUCAUGGAGAAAGCUCGCAGCAGCGUCAUGCAAUCUUUGAGAUCCAGAGUACAGGAGUCAGCCAAUCGAGUGAUGUACCUCAUUGACAGGUUUUUCUUCAGUGAAGAAGACAUGCAAAUGAACUCACAGGUGCUCACUUGGCCUGACAGAAUUGUUCCCAUCUUUGACAACAAUGAUAUUCUCCUAGAAGAAACCAAACGUAAUGGGGAGAUGAAGUUGAUGGAGGCGCGGAAUAAAGUUUCUGUUGAACUGGAACGGCUGAAGAAACGUGUGGAAGAAUUCAAUGACUACGGAGAGCUGCACAUGAUACAGCAGUACGUCUUGGACUCCAGGACUGUACAGAAGAAGCUCAAUGACAUUGCUAAUCAGAUGGAGUGGAUAAGAAAGGAAGAAUCUUUGUACAGAUUCCCUCCUAUGGAGUAUCCAGACUUUGAUCUGAUCACUGCAGCAUUGGAACCAUUCUAUAAAUUCUUUAACACUGUUCUGAAGUGGCAGAGAUGUGAGAAAAGAUGCAUGGAUGGCGACUUCUUGGACCAAAAUGUUGAAGCCAUUACAAGUGAAGUUGAGGAAUAUGGCAGAGAAUUUUUCAAGGCUCAGAAAAUAUUUGCUCUGCGAGUCAAGAAAAUGCAGAUGGAUCAUGAUGAUCAAGAAAGGGAAAUUAAAAAACAGCAGAGAGCAGACAUUGCAGCAGGCAAAGAGCCGACAGUACAAGAUUUAGAACCAUUUAAACCUCCAGAGAUUCUAGGUGUCAUUGACCAUAUGUUAGCUGGGGUCAAUGAGUUUAAGGAAAUCAUCCCAACUAUCGGCAUCAUGUGUAACCCUGGAUUGAGAAAGCGUCACUGGGAUGCUAUGUCAGAAAUCGCUGGAUUCAAUUUGACUCCAGAUGCUGGUACAACUCUUAGAAAAGUAUUGAAACUUGAUUUGGAGCAGUUUAUGGAGCAGUUUGAAGUUAUUUCAGCUGCAGCUACAAAGGAAUUCUCUCUAGAGAGAGCUUUCAGGAAAAUGACAACUGAAUGGGAAAGUAUUGUCUUCAAUCUGAACUUAUAUAAAGACACUGGUCAGAAAAUACUCGGAGGUGUGGAUGACAUUCAAACAAUUUUGGACGAUAACAUAGUCAAGACACAGACCAUGAGGAACUCCCCAUUUGUGAAGCCGUUCGAAGAGGAUGUCAAGGUAUGGGAGGAAACGUUGCUACUGACACAGAGAGCUAUUGAUGAAUGGUUGAAGCUUCAAGCUCAAUGGCUGUAUCUGGAGCCCAUCUUUUCAUCAGAAGAUAUCAAUCACCAAAUGCCUGAGGAAGGGAAAAUGUUUCACACAGUGGACAGAAACUUUAAAGAUGUGAUGUUAAAGUGUGCUAAGAAUCCUAAAGUGCUAGAAAUCUGUACAACUAAAGGAGUUCUUGAAAAACUGAUUGACAGCAAUGAAUUUUUAGACAAGAUCAACAGAGGAUUGAAUGCCUAUUUAGAGAAAAAAAGAUUAUUUUUCCCCAGGUUUUUCUUCCUUUCCAACGAUGAGAUGCUGGAGAUUCUAUCUGAGACUAAAGAUCCUCUCCGUGUCCAGCCACAUCUCAAGAAAUGCUUUGAGGGAAUCAACAAGCUUGACUUUAACUCGGAGCUGAUCAUCAGUGGCAUGUUCAGCAAGGAGGGAGAAAGUGUGCCUUUCUCUUAUACCAUAGAUACCAAUGAAGCCAAAGGCUCAGUUGAGAAAUGGCUGCUGCAGGUGCAAGACUGCAUGUUGGUCUCUGUGCGAGAUGUAAUUGAGGAGUCUAUAGAUGACUAUCAAAAUACUGCAAGAAAAUCCUGGGUACAAGAAUGGCCUGGACAAGUUGUCAUUUGUGUCAGUUCCAUUUACUGGACCCAAGAAGUGCAGGAGUCCUUGGUCCUGGGGACUGAAGGCUUGAUCAACUACCACAAGGUGCUGCAGGAUCAGUUGAAGGACAUUGUUGAUUUGGUCAGGGGUAAACUGACCACUCAGCAGAGGAUAACCCUUGGGGCUCUAGUAGUCAUUGAUGUCCAUGCCCGUGAUGUGGUGAUGGAAAUGGCUAACAAAGGUGUCGCAGCUGAAAAUGAUUUCUCCUGGUUGUCACAACUCAGAUACUACUGGGAGGAUGCAAACGUCUUAGUACGCAUCACAAAUGCCACUGUGAAGUAUGCCUAUGAGUAUCUGGGCAACUCUGGUCGACUUGUAAUCACUCCCUUAACAGACAGAUGUUAUCGCACCUUGGUUGGUGCAUUUUAUUUAAAUUUAAAUGGAGCCCCUGAGGGUCCAGCCGGUACAGGCAAAACAGAAACAACCAAAGACUUGGCUAAAGCUUUAGCUGUCCAGUGUGUGGUGUUUAAUUGUUCUGACGGCUUGGAUUACAUUGCUAUGGGCAAAUUUUUCAAAGGCUUAGCUUCUUCAGGAGCAUGGGCCUGUUUUGAUGAAUUCAACAGAAUAGACUUGGAAGUCUUGUCUGUCGUGGCUCAGCAGAUUUUGUGCAUCAUUCGUGCUGUACAGGCAAAAGUUGACACCUUUGUUUUUGAAGGCACUGAGCUAAAGCUGAACCCUAAUUGCUAUGUGUGUAUUACAAUGAACCCUGGGUAUGCUGGAAGAUCUGAGCUACCUGACAACUUGAAAGUUUUGUUCCGCACUGUAGCUAUGAUGGUCCCUGAUUAUGCUAUGAUCUCUGAGAUCUCUUUGUAUUCUUUUGGAUUUCUGACUGCAAGAGACAUGGCUGUGAAAAUUGUCACAACGUACCGUCUAUGCUCAGAGCAACUCUCCUCUCAGUUCCACUAUGAUUAUGGGAUGCGUGCUGUCAAGUCUGUCUUGUCAGCUGCAGGGAACUUAAAACUAAAGUACAGGAAUCAAGCAGAAGAUAUUUUGAUUCUCAGGUCCAUCAUUGAUGUGAACUUACCCAAAUUCCUGGCCCACGACAUACCACUCUUCAAUGGCAUCAUCUCUGACUUGUUCCCUGGCCUUAAGCUGCCACAAGCUGACUAUGAUGUCUUUUUGAAUGCCAUGAGCCGAGUUUGUGAGAAGAACAAUCUCCAGUUUGUUCCCUUCUUUGAGGAGAAAAUUAUACAGACUUAUGAGAUGAUGCUUGUACGCCAUGGGUUCAUGAUGGUGGGAGAACCUUUCGGUGGCAAAACAAAAGUAUUACAAACUCUGGCUGAAGGAAUGACACUCCUGAACACCGAAGGCCAUGAUGAGUUUGAAGCAGUCGUCUAUUGUAUCAUCAAUCCUAAGGCCAUCACUAUGGGUCAGCUGUAUGGUCAGUUUGAUCCAGUCUCACAUGAGUGGUCUGAUGGUGUGACUGCCAACUGCUUCAGGGAAUAUGCUGUGUCCCAGAAUUCCGACAGGAAGUGGGUCAUCUUUGAUGGUCCCAUUGAUGCAGUGUGGAUAGAGAACAUGAACACAGUCCUGGAUGACAACAAGAAGCUGUGUCUGAUGAGUGGAGAAAUCAUACAGAUGAGCAAUGAGAUGACCAUGGUCUUUGAAACCAUGGACUUAUCACAAGCUUCACCUGCCACAGUGUCCAGAUGUGGCAUGAUCUAUCUGGAGCCUUCCACUCUAGGUUGGAUACCUCUAGUCAAAUCUUGGUUAAAGACACUACCAGCCUUUCUCAGCCCAGAUAUACCUUCAACUUUAAAUGUGAUGAUAGAGUGGCUGGUUCAACCCUGCAUUGACUUUGUGAGACAUGAAUGCAAGGAGUAUAUUCAAGCCAGUCAUUCUAAUCAAGUGGUCUCUUUACUGAGUUUUAUUGACAUGCAAAUGUUUGAUGCUCUGAUCGUGGAAAAUGCCAGUGCCAACAAACAUCUUAAGGCUUAUUAUAAUGGUUCUGUGCUGUUUGCCAUACCAUGGACUAUAGCAGGUUGUAUUAACAAUGAUGGCAGGAAGAAAUUUCAUGAGUUUUACUACCAGCUUCUAGAUGGUAAAAAUACCCAGUUCCCUGUGCCUGAUGAUAUCAAAAAGAUUGAGGUCAUGUUUCCUCAAGAAAAUACUGUCUAUGAUUAUUUCUAUGAUCAAAAAGGCAGAGGAAGCUGGUUACACUGGAAUAUGCUAAUCAAAACUGUGGAGAGGGAUAACACCAAACCAAACAUACGAGAGAUGUUGGUCCAGACAGUAGACACAGCCCGCUACACUUACCUCAUGGAUUUACAUAUUGCCUCAGGAAGGCCUUUGUUGUUUGUGGGUCCAACUGGGACAGGGAAAAGUGCUUAUGUCUCUAAAAAGAUGAUGCAUGAUUUGCCCCAGGACAAGUUUAUUGCAUCCAUUCUGACAUUUUCAGCUCAAACUUCUGCCAACCAAACUCAGGAUAUAAUUAUGUCAAAACUUGACCGCCGACGUAAAGGAGUAUUUGGACCUCGCCCAGGAAAGAAAUGCAUCAUCUUUGUUGAUGACAUGAGCAUGCCACAGAAGGAAGUGUAUGGAGCCCAGCCUCCCAUUGAACUAUUAAGGCAGUUUAUUGAUCAUGGGCAUUGGUAUGAUCUAAAAGACACUUCAAAAUUGACUCUUAUUGACAUUCAGUUUCUGGCAGCCAUGGGGCCUCCAGGUGGAGCCAGGAAUGUUGUGUCGCAGAGGUUAACUCGACAUUUCACUGUGGUGUCCAUGAACGCCUUCAGUGAUGAUACAAUGUCUAAAAUAUUUAACGCCAUUGUCAACACCUAUUUCAAGUAUGAAGAAUUUGCAAUGGACUUCAUUGUGCUAGGAUCUUCAAUUGUUCAAAGUACUUUGGAGGUGUACAAAGAGGCGAUGGCCAAUCUCUUACCAACACCAAAUAAGUCCCACUAUGUCUUCAAUUUAAGAGACUUUUCUCGGGUAAUCUUGGGUGUGUGCCUGGUCAGGAAAGUUGCUGUGUUAGAGAAAUCAGUAUUAGCUCGGUUAUGGGUUCAUGAAGUGUUUAGAGUUUUCUAUGACAGACUCACAGAUGAUGCUGACCGGAAAUGGCUUUACAAUCUUGUGUCCACCCAAAUCAACACAACCUUCAAGAUGAAAAUGGAUGUUAUUUUUUCUCAUCUAUUGAACCCUGAAGAUAGAGGAAAGGUGAAAGAAAGCACACUUAACAAUCUCAUGUUUGGUGACUACAUGGAACUUGAUCUUCCCCCAGAACUACGGUUGUAUAAAGAAGUCAGUUCUAUUGAAGACUUCAAUGAUGUGGUCACACUCUGCCUGGAUGACUACAAUCAGACCAACAAAACACCAAUGAACUUAGUCAUUUUUAGAUAUGUCCUUGAACACUUAUCUCGAAUUUGCCGUAUUCUUCGACAGCCAGGAGGAAAUGGCCUCCUGGUAGGGGUCGGUGGCAGUGGGCGUCAGUCUCUGACUCGCCUAUCUACCUACAUGGCCCAGUAUAAACUGUUUCAACCAGAGAUCUCUAAAAACUAUGGUCUGAAUGAGUGGAGGGAGGAUAUCAAGUUUGUACUAAAGCAGGCUGGUGGCAAGGGAAUCCCCACGACAUUCCUUAUCACAGACUCUCAGAUAAAAAGUGAACGUUUCCUUGAAGAUAUUGAUGCCCUGCUGAACUCUGGGGAGGUGCCCAACUUGUUUGCUUCUGAUGAGAAGGCAGAAAUAAUGGAGACUGUAAGAGUCAAUGCAGCCAAAGCAGCUGGUGAUAAAAACGCAGAGCUCAGCCCACUGGCCUUGUUUGCUUACUUUGUUAAUCAGAGUCGGGCCAAGCUCCACAUUAUGAUUGCAUUCAGUCCUAUAGGAGAUGCCUUUCGCAAUCGCCUGCGUCAAUUUCCAUCCUUAAUAAACUGCUGUACGAUAGACUGGUUUCAGGCAUGGCCAGAUGAUGCCCUUGCCAGAGUGGCAAAUAAAUUUUUAGAAAAUGCAGAGAUUGAUGCUGGCAUGAAACACGAUGUAGUGACUAUUUGUAAGACUUUCCAUCAAAAUGUAAUAGAAUUCUCCAACAGAUUCAGAAUUGAGCUUGGCAGAAAGAACUAUGUCACACCAAUCUCUUACCUGGAGCUGAUCAACUCUUUUAAAAAUUUACUGAAAACCAAACAAGAUGAAACUAUGAAGGCCAAGAAGAGAUAUAUUGUUGGAUUGCAGAAAUUAGCCUUUGCUUCAUCGCAAGUAGCUACCAUGCAAACCGAGUUGGAGAAACUCCAGCCAGAGCUGGUCCUGUCGGCAUCAGAGACAGAGAAGAUGAUGGCUAUAAUAGAGAAGGAGUCCGUGGCUGUGGAGGAGACAAGUAAAAAAGUCAAGGUCGAUGAAGCGGUGGCCAACGAGGCUGCAGCAGAAGCAAAAACUCUAAAGGAUGAAUGUGAGACUGAGCUGGCUGAAGCGUUGCCUGCAUUGGAGGGAGCACUUGCUGCUUUGAACAUCCUUGAACCUAAAGAAAUUUCUAUUAUCAAGUCCAUGAAAAGUCCACCAUCAGGUGUCCGGUUGGUCAUGGCAGCAGUCUGUGUAAUGAAAGGAAUUGCUCCACAGAAAAUCAAUGAUCCAAAUGACCCAAGCAAAAAGAUCAAUGAUUACUGGACUCCAAGCAAGAGGCUUCUAAAUGACUUAAACUUUCUGAAUGACUUAAAAAGUUUUGACAAAGACAAUAUUCCAGAUUCUGUCAUGACAAUUAUCAGAAAACAGUAUCUCACCAAUCCAGAUUUUGAUCCAAAAACUGUGGCUAAAGCUUCAUCUGCUGCUGAAGGUUUAUGCAAGUGGAUACUGGCCAUGGAAAUUUAUGACAGAGUGGCCAAAGUUGUUGCCCCUAAAAAAAUCAAGCUGAAAGCUGCAGAGGCAGACCUGUCAAAUUUGAUGGACACUUUAAACAAGAAACGGGCAGAGUUGGCAGCAGUGGAGAAGAAAUUAGAGGAUAUGACAAAUACUCUUCAGGCCAUGAAAGAUAAGAAAGAACAGCUGGAGUACAAUGUUGACCUGUGUGGCAAGAAACUCAUCAGAGCUGAGAAACUGAUUGGUGGACUGGGGGGUGAGAAGACACGGUGGACGGACGCAGCCAAAGAACUGCAGAAAAUCUAUGACAACCUGAUAGGUGACAUUUUGAUUUCAGCCGGUGUCAUAGCUUACCUGGGACCUUUUACUUCAUCUUUUAGAGAUGAUAUCACCACUGCCUGGGUGAAACUUUGCUUGGCCAAGAAAAUACCAGCCUCCAGUGAGUUUUCACUCUACAAAACUCUCGGUGAACCCAUUAAAAUCCAGGCUUGGAAUAUUGCUGGCCUGCCCAGGGACUCUUUUUCUGUGGACAAUGGUGUUAUUGUAGCCAACUCGAGAAGAUGGCCACUGAUGAUUGAUCCUGAGGGUCAGGCCAACAGGUGGAUCAAAAACAUGGAGAGAGAAAGGAACAUUUCGGUCAUCAAGUUGUCUGACCCAGACUAUAUGAGGAUACUUGAGAACUGCAUCACAUUCGGCUACCCAUUACUCCUAGAGAAUGUGUAUGAAGAACUGGAGGCCUCUCUGGAGCCAGUCUUGUUAAAACAAAUCUUCAAGCAAAGUGGUGUUGAGAUGAUAAUGAUGGGAGACCAGGCCCUGGAGUACAACAAAGAUUUCCGUUUCUACAUCACCACCAAGUUGAGGAACCCACACUAUCUGCCUGAGAUCUCCACCAAAGUCUCCCUGCUCAAUUUUAUGAUCACACCCAAUGGUUUGGAAGAUCAACUGCUGGGAAUAGUGGUUGCCAAGGAAAGGCCAGAAUUAGAAGAAGAAAGACAAACAUUAAUUGUAACUAGUGCUGCAAACAAAAGACAACUGAAAGAAAUCGAAGACAAAAUACUGUUCACCCUGUCGGCUUCGGAGGGAAAUAUUCUAGAAGAUGAGUCAGCCAUUCAAAUCUUAGAUUCAUCAAAAAUAUUGGCCAAUGAAAUCUCAAAGAAACAAAUAAUUGGAGAAGAGACUGAACAAAAGAUAGAAGCAUCACGAGCAGGGUAUAAGCCCAUAGCUGUCCAUUCAUCUGUCUUAUUCUUCUCCAUCACUGAACUGCCCAACAUAGACCCCAUGUACCAAUAUUCACUGACUUGGUUUGUGAAUUUGUUUAUCACAUCCAUUCAAGAAAGUAAUAAAUCAAAACACCUGGAGAAAAGAAUUCGCUACCUGGCUGACCAUUUCACAUACAGCUUAUACUGCAAUGUGUGUAGGUCAUUGUUUGAAAAAGAUAAAUUGGUCUUUUCCUUUAUAUUGUGUUCUAAUAUACUCAGAUCUCACGAAGAAUUGGAGCAUGCUGAUUUCCUCUUCUUUCUGACUGGUGGAGUGGCCUUAGAAAAUAAAAUACCAAACCCAGCUCCAAAAUGGUUAAUGGAUAAUGGAUGGGAUGAAAUUUGCAGGCUAAGUAAACUCAAGGAUUUUAAAGGAUUCAGUGAAAGUUUCACUCAGAGUAUCCCAGUAUGGACAGACUACUACAACAGUAAAGAGCCCCACAAGUUUACAUUGCCAGAACCUUGGAACAGUAAACUUGGAAUGUUUCAAAAAAUGAUGAUACAAAGAUGUAUAAGACCUGAUAAGAUCUCUCAGGCUAUCAUUGAAUUUGUGGUAGAAAAAAUGGGUAAAAUAUUUGUGAAUCCGCCGCCGUUUGACCUAGCAAAGAGCUAUCAGGACUCCAAUGCCUGUGAACCUUUAAUCUUCAUUCUAUCACCUGGUGCUGAUCCCACCAUGGCACUUCUCAAGUAUGCAGAUGAUAAAGGAUUUGGUGGCAAAAAAUUUAAUUCUAUCUCUUUAGGGCAAGGGCAGGGCCCUAUCGCAGCUAAAAUGAUAAAAAUUGCUUCGGAGGAAGGACAUUGGGUCCUAUUACAAAACUGUCAUUUAGCCGUGUCAUGGAUGAAUGCAUUAGAGAAAAUUUGUGAAGAACUUUCACCUGAGACAAUAGCUUCUGACUUUAGACUUUGGCUUACAAGCUAUCCGUCACCAAAGUUUCCUGUUUCUGUUCUCCAAAAUGGUGUUAAAAUGACCAAUGAGCCUCCAACAGGCUUGCGACAGAAUCUACUCCAGAGCUAUUUAAAUGACCCAAUAAGUGAUCACAAUUUUUACGGUGGAUGCAUCAAUCAUCAGAAGCCAGAGAAAGACACAUUGUUUACGAGGCUUUUGUUUGGACUGUGUUUUUUCCAUGCACUUGUACAAGAGAGAAGAAAAUUUGGACCCAAUGGCUGGAACAUUCCAUAUGGUUUCAAUGAAUCUGAUUUAAGGAUAUCUGUCCGACAACUGCAGAUGUACAUAAAUGAAUACGAUGAAAUCCCUUAUGAUGCCAUAACUUACAUGACUGGAGAGUGCAACUACGGAGGCAGGGUCACUGACGACUGGGACCGGCGCUGCCUGCUAACCAUCCUAGGAGACUACUUCUGUGAGUCACUAGUGAAUGAUCCCAACUACAAAUUUAGCCCAAGUGGUUACUAUCAUCUACCUCUAAGGACAGACUAUGAGAACUGCAUCAAAUUUAUUAAGCAACUGCCAUCCACACAGAACCCUGAAGUGUUUGGCCUUCAUGAGAAUGUUGAUAUUUCCAGAGAACUUCAGGAAACCAAGUCAAUCUUUAACUCUGUUAUUCUCACAGAAGGUGGUGGAGGUGGCGGCACUAAAGGCUCUGACGCAGCACUGGCUGCUGUUGCUGGGGACAUUUUAUCAAAACUUCCCAAAGAUUUCAACAUAGAAGCAGCCAUUCAAAAAUACCCAGUGGUCUAUGAAGAAAGUAUGAACACUGUUUUGGUUCAAGAGAUGGAGAGAUUUAAUAGACUCCUUUCCAUAAUCCGAUCAAGUCUUAUCAAUGUCCAAAAUGCUGUCAAAGGGCUAGUUGUCAUGUCUGCAGACUUAGAAAGCCUGGCUAACAGCUUAAUGAUUGGACAGCAACCUGCAAUGUGGGCCAAGCGUUCCUACCCAUCCCUGAAACCACUGGCCAGCUAUAUUAAUGACUUCAUGGAGAGACUCAGAUUUCUUAAUAAAUGGUAUAUAGAAGGAAAACCAGAAGAUUUUUGGGUGUCUGGGUUUUUCUUCACUCAAGCUUUUCUUACUGGAGUGAUGCAAAAUUUUGCCAGAAAAUACACAAUCCCUAUUGACAAGUUAGCUUUUGAUUUUGAGAUUCUUCCUCAAGAUAGAAUGUCAAAAUCCCCAGAAGAUGGUGCUUAUAUUUAUGGGCUUUUUUUAGAUGGUGCACGAUACAAUAAAAAUGAAGGCUACCUGGAGGAACAGAAACCCAGAAUACUCAAUGAACCACUUCCCAUAAUCUGGCUGAAACCAAAGUUCAGCGGUGAGGUUGACAAAAGCAACAAACGCUAUGUCUGUCCCAUCUACAAGACAUCAGAGAGAAAAGGAGUGCUGUCCACCACUGGUCAUUCUACCAACUUCGUCAUGGCCAUCUACAUACCUACUGGAAACCAGCCAGUCCAACAUUGGAUCAAACGAUCUUGUGCCGCAUUGUGUCAGACAGACAACUGAUGUCUGUUGUCAAGUCUUUUUUCAAAAUGUUGUUUCCUUGUCGAAGUCAUUUUCAUUUUGGUCAUAAACUGUCAUUUAUCAGACGGACCAUUACAGAGACGUCUCUAAAAACCUUUUUUUAAAAUUCUUUCCUGCUGCAAUCAAAGUUGCUGUUAAUGCAGAGUAUUGUUAAAUGAUAAAUAAAUCAUUUAAAUAAUACACAUGGUGGGAAUAUAUUUUAAAGACAUUUUUGUUUUAUUUAAGGGUUUAUAAAUUUUUAUUAUCAUAUCAUGUUUAGUAUAUAUACAAAAUAUAUUAUAUCAAUAUUGGUGAUAAUCUCCAUUAUUAUAUAUUUUUUGAAAAAAAAAAGAAAAAAGAAACUUUUGUUUUUUUUUCUUAAUAAAAAAUGUUUUGAAUUUAUGUUUACAGCAUUAUAAUGGUGAAUAUUACUUUUUUUUUUUUAAGAUGAUGAUAGCGAGCUUUGGUCUGAUAGUGUAUGUUACAACUCACUGAAUUAAUGAGAUUAUAAAAGUUAGUCCCAAAGUGGUUCUUUGAAAUUUUAGUGGAACAUAAGAAAUAUAUAACCCAGAUAUAUAAAUCUGUUUAAAUAGGCCAACCUAGGAUCUAAGUUUAACUGGUACAUCAAUACUUCAACUACAAAUUACACACACUAAGAAAAAGAGUACCAGAGUUUAUUAGCUAGAAUAUGAUUGGUAGCCUGUAUUAUUGUACAUGAAUAAUUAAAGUAGAACUUAGAAAUGGAGAAAUUAUUUCCGUCAUUCAGUUUUCUUUUACUCAGCUGUUUCUAAUGGAUGUCUUGUUAUAGAUCACUUAUUGAAGGGAAAUCUUACUGUGUUGAGUGUGAUACUGGUGGUCUAUGCUUAUAUUAAACCCCAGUGUUCUCUCCCCUGGUGGUCUAUGCUUAUAUUAUCCCCCAGUGUUCUCUCCCCUGGUGGUCUAUGCUUAUACCCUAGUGUAGUCUAUGGCACUAUGCUUAUACCUUUGUGUUCUCUCCCCUGGUGGUGUAUACUUAUAUUAUACCCCAGUGUUCUCUCCCAAGGUGGUCUAUGCUUAUAUUAUACCUCAGUGUUCUCUCCCCUGGUGGUCUAUGCUAAUAUUAUACCCCAGUGUUCUCUCCCCUGUUGAUCCAUGCUUCUAUUAACCCCCAGUGUUCUCUCCCCUGGUGAUCUAUGCUUAUAUUAUACCUCAGUGUUCUCUCCCCUGUUGAUCUAUGUUUAUAUUAAACCCCAGUGUUCUCUCCCCAGGUGGUCUAUGCUUAUAUUAUUCCCCAGUGUUCUCUCCCCAGGUGGUCUAUGCUUAUAUUAUUCCCCAGUGUUCUCUCCCCAGGUGGUCUAUGCUUAUAUUAUACCUCAGUGUUCUCUCCCCUGGUGGUCUAUGCUUAUAUUAUGCCCCAGUGUUCUCUCCCCUGGUGGUCUAUGCUAAUAUUAUACCUCAGUGUUCUCUCCCCUGGAGCUCAUGUUACCUCAUACAAUUGUUGAGUAUUUGCAAUGCACUCUGAUUUUGAUAUUAAAUCAACUUAUUUCAUUUUCAA